AGAGCCCAGGAGAUCAUAGAUGAGGCUCUGGAGUCCUGCAGUCUGGACAUGAGGAACCUCGUGGCCGUCAUCACUGGUCUCAUGGGCUCCGGGAAGACGUGGCUCCUCAGCCGUCUCUUCAACCAACUCCCUCCAGAAUUCUACACCAGUACUGGAGUGGCAGAACAGUCGCUUCGGAGCCUCCUCCACCACAUCAUCAACAUCUCCGCUUCCAGCUCCUGGGAGCCUUUCUCACGCAUGCAGAUCCUGAAGUUCCUGGCCUGUGUGUUCCAUAGGAAACCUCUGCCUCCUCUGGAAUCUAUCGCUUCUAAAGUUUCAGUAGCAACCACAGCCCUUUCCGCUAGUGCUUCACCCUCCCCCACCCUCCCUGCCCCACUUCCAUCAACACAGAGCUCCACAAUUCAGUCCAUGGUAAGGCUGGUGAAAGCCCCGAAGAGCUCACAGAAGCUUUCAAUGCUGGAGCUAGUCCACAUGAUAGACACUGGAGGGCAGCCGGAGCUUCUGGAGAACUUGCCCAGUCUCAUCCACCACUCCCACCUUGCUAUACUAGUCCUGAAUCUCAUGUUUGGCCUCGAUGAGCAUCCCUCCAUCGACUACCACGAGGAGGGAGAGGCUUACAAGCGAUCUUUACCUUCCCAGUACUCCAACAGGCAGAUCAUACAGAAGCUUGCGUCCACCCUGCAAGCCAAGAGGUUCUCACAGCAAAAGGGCCAGUGCUGCCAGCUACUGGUAGUGGCAACACACAGAGAUUGUGUGCCAGAAGGUGAGCUCCCGGCUAGGGUCAAAGCAUUCGACCAGGCCCUGAGGGCCGUUCUACUGCCGUCCAACAACGAAGAGCUCAUCUGCUUCUCAGCCAAUCAGAUUCCGUUUGUCCUAAACCUCAAGGAUCCUGACGAUGACGACACGGAGAGGCUGGAUCUCAUCCGCAGUAAGGUCAGCGAGAGUGAGGCGGGAGAGGUGGUCAAGACACCAGGGUCCUUUCUGGUGUUCGAACAAGAACUGAUGGAGUUUGCGAAACAGACUGUCGACAGAGACAUCCUCAGCCUUGACGAGUGCCUAAUGAUAGGAGCAAGGCUCAAGAUGAAGCCAGAGGUGGUAGAAGCUGCCUUGAUCUUCUUUCACCGCCAGUUCACACUCCUAUACUUUCGCCACAUCCUCCCCAAUCUUGUCUUCACGAGGCCCCAAACACCGCUCGAGUGCAUCAAUGCUGUCGUGAGGUUCAGCUACAAGGUGGGCUCUGGGGAAGUGAAGGGGGUGACAGAGAAACUGGUGUCAUCUCUGAGAGAUGGUAUCAUCACAGAGGAAAUCCUGAGCCACAAGCAGCUCACCCAAUGCUUUAUUCCAGGCCUGUACGAGCCUCGUGAUGCAAUGGAUCUUCUCUGCCACACACUCACACUGGCUCCAUUGAGUCGUGAGAUUCAGUCAACAUCAGGCGCCAGUCCAGCUACCACCGGCCUACCAGGUCCCCGUGUCAAGAGAGAGAAGAGAGAGUAUCUGAUGAUGAGUCUCCGAUCAGCCAUUCCCGACAAGGACAUCCCACAGCACCUCCCCCCGCCCUCAGAGAUAGCUCCACUGGUGGUCCAGUUCACCAACAACUGUGUCCCCCUCAGCUGCUUCUCCAGGACCAUCUCCUGCCUCAUGGCCGUGUACGACUGGAAGUUGAGCAGAGCCGACGAUGGAUCCCCGCAGUGCCUUGCUCACAACGUCGUCUCGCUCUACAAGCCUCACACACCUGGUCAAAUUGUCCUAGUGGACACUGGCCACAGCUUUCAGAUCCACAUGCACGUUGAUGGAGACACCGACCCAAGCUCCCUUUCGAAGCUCUGUUUCCAAGUCCAAGAAACGAUCUUUGCAGCGAUCAACCAGGUCUUUGAUCUACUGGAGCUCGCCAAGAUCGAAGUGACUCCUGCCUUCCUCUGCCCCUGCCCGAGACGGCCUCUCCCUCACACUGCCUCUGUCUACCGGUUCGAGUCCCAAUGGCUUCUCCACUGCUCUGUGGGAGAGAAGGACGCUGGGGCAGCUCAGAUUCGACAUAAAGUGUGGCUGGAUGCUCCAUAUGUGGAGCAAGAAAAACCGUCUCUUCCGAAACUUCUACGACUCAAGAUACCGCAGAAGGUUGGGGCAAACUACAUGCAGUUUGGGAUUCUCUUGUUGAACGAUGAAGAUGGGACAUUGGUCGAGGGACUCAGAUGUGAGUACCAGGGUAGGUGUGAGGGGGUUGUGCGUGGGAUUCUGAUGGAGUGGGUGAGAGGGAAGGGCUCAGCCGUGACGUGGAAAACGCUGACCGACACACUGAGGGACUGUGACUGUGCUGCUCUCGCAGACCAUAUUGCUAGUACCAACUUAUAAGAAUCUUGUCUCGGUCCCCAGAUAUCAUGCGCAUGCGCUGUCAUUCAAGCGCCCAGCGAUAUGCUGCGGAGGUUGCGUACCGAAGCGAAGCCACGGGUUUGUUCCUUUCGCCCCUUUAGUUGGAGACGUGGAGUGGCAGCCACGGUAGUGAUGGACAACCAGGAGAGGGAACAAGGCGGUGAUCCCAAUGGUACGAGUGAACGCAGCUCGGGCGGGGGCGGUGGUCCCACUGCUGAGACGCCAGACAAGCCAGACGAGGAGUUGAAGAGUUCCGACGAAAGCAGUCAAAGUGGACGAGGAAGCUACAACGGACGACACACCUGCAGUAGACCAGCCCGAUCCUCCGCCCAGUCCCAAACGAAGUCGGGGUACUUUCAGGAGAUUUUUUAGCAACUUUCUCAGCUACGACAGGACAUCCAGUGAUGCAGAGUCAGGUAGAGAGUAGGACUCCAUGCAUUUCUAAUGUUCCCACAUGGUAUGGGAUUUUUUUGCAACGCAGAGAAAAUCGACUUCAGUCAGCUCCCAAUUGAAAAGAAGAGAAAUUACUACAAGUGUGGGAAAGACUAUCUGACUCUUUCAGACAUCCCACCGUGGUCUGAGGGUUGCAAAAGUCUUCCACGUCCCAAGAUGAAGAAGAGGUCAGAACCACUUGCGUUUAGUGUGGAUGAUGACCUGAAUGGAAAGGUGUCGCUGUGGAGAGGGGAUAUAACUAGACUCGAGAUUGAUGCCAUAGUGAAUGCAGCCAACUCUAGUCUGCUGGGAGGGGGCGGAGUCGAUGGGGCCAUCCACUCUGCAGCUGGGAGGGGCCUCCUGCGAGAGUGCAGGACAUUGGGAGGCUGCGACGCAGGUGACGCCAAACUGACACAAGGAUACCGACUGCCAGCCAAGUAUGUUCUGCACACUGUCGGACCGAUGAACAACAAGAAAGCAGUUCUGGAGAACUGCUACCGACGUUGCUUAGAGUUGGCACUUGUGCACAACAUCAGAUCUCUUGCCUUCCCUUGUAUUGCUACUGGAGAGUACGGAUUUCCUAACAAGAAGGCAGCACAAAUAGCUCUGGUGACAACUCGGAAAUGGCUGGAAGAGAACAGGGAGAAGGUGGACAGAAUCAUAUUCUGUGUUUUCACAGAAACCGACUACAACUACAAACUCUACUGCCGAUAUCUCCACCAUGUCUACCCCAUUGAGCCUUCAGUCAUUCAGGAUUCUCAGGAACGUGUGCCUGCUGCAGCUAGAGAGGACAACAGACCAUUAAAGCCGACUAUGGUCAAGUCUCUUAGCACUCCACCAACAAAGGGUGGUUCCGGAGGGAAAUCUACACGAACAGAGUCUGACAGUACCUCGUCUAAUCCGACUGGAUCAGGAGUACCGAUUAAUUCCCCGUUGAUAUCAGUAGAACCCAGCCCCUCAGCUAAUGCCCCACCACAGACUGGGGAGAUUGGUGAGGGCGGGGAGAUUGGUGAAGACGGGGAGGUUGGUGAGGGUGGUGGAGUUAAAAUGGAAGUAGAGGAACAAGGAGACAAGGAGGUCAAGUCAGCAGAGAAUGUUCCUGGUGGGGGUGAGGAGGAAGAAAAGGAAAAACUGAAGAGUGAUGAGGAAAGAAAGGAAAGACGUGAAACUGCUGGAGGUGGUGGUGAAGAGAAUAGAGGGGAUUCUGAUACUUCACACGCAAAGGACCCUGGCUUUGAAUCAUAAACAUCUUCCGUUUUACAAUUCACAAUAAUAUUGUACGCUUCACAUAAAAUUUCCCAUUGAAUAAGAGAGCAAUGAAGCAGUCGAUCUACAUCAGUGGAUAUGUUCCAGUACUCCUUGUCUGAUGAGAGGCUCACACUGAGACCUUGGGAGGUAGUGCUGAGUGUUCUUGUGCAGCAGGACCACUGUCCCGUCCUCCAUCUCAAACUCCCCGUAGUCCUCCAGACACCGGACCUCCACCAACAGGCUCUUCGGAGGCUGGAGGUGCUGCGUGAGGUCCAGACCGGUGGGGGCGAUGGACCGCAUGUACGUCGCCAGUGAGCGGUUGUAGUGCGUGAACCACUGUAUCUCCUGCUCGCACAGACUGAGUCUGAAGGAGGGAGGGAGAACGCUGCCCGUCUGCCACCGGUAGUCCCUGAUACGAGUCAUGCGGUGGUGGACGUAGGCCAGGAGGCAUCGCUGGUUCCUCUCCAGACAGGCGUGCCUCAACUGGAUACCUGAAAGGAGUCCCCUCUCCCCAUCAGUGGUGGCGCGGACCUCCAACUGGUUCUGCUCGAAGAGGGCGCGCAUCUCCUCCACCACCUGCCUGAUGCCGUCCUCGUUGUAGGGGGGCAGGUUUCCGUCUUGAGACCUCUUCAGCUCCCGCACAAGUUCCAGCGCCUUCUCCCCCAAACAUCGCGCACCCAAAUCCAAAAU